AUGGCCGCCUGUGCCUUCCUGUCCAGACUGUCCCCGCUGCUCAGAGAGCGGUUCGGCUGUAAAGUUCGGGCCUUGUCGUGCGCUGUCACCUGCUCUCAGCUCCACAAAGUGGAGGGACCCGGAGGUUUGACAGGGAAAGUGGACCGGUUCGGUGGAGUGACCGUUAACCUAGCUGAGGUCGGACUGCCGGCGGAUAUAAGCGAAAAUGCAUUCAGCAGUUUGCUGCAAGACUCUUUAGUCCAGUGGAAAGCCGAUGGGAAGAUGGCGGUGUGGCUGCAAGUUCCUAUCUCACUGAGUCGAUGCGCCGCUGCAGCAGCGGCUCACGGCUUCACCUUCCAUCAUGCCAAAAGCGAUCACGCCAUGCUGGCUCUGUGGAUGGGAGAAGGAGAAAGCAGACUGCCGGGGUUUGCUACUCAUCAGGUUGGAGUGGCAGGUGCGGUCGUUGAUGAGUCCGCUGGAAAAGUUCUGGUCGUCCAAGACAAAAACAAGACCAAGAACGCCUGGAAGUUUCCUGGCGGUUUGUCUGAUCCAGGAGAGAAUAUCGGUGUCACUGCUGUCCGCGAAGUGUUCGAAGAGACGGGCGUCCGCUCCAAGUUCAGAUCCCUGCUCAGCAUCCGGCAGCAGCACCAGCACCCCGGCGCCUUUGACAUGUCGGACCUGUACAUCAUCUGCCGGCUGAGCCCGCUCACCUAUGACAUCAACUUCUGCACUCACGAGUGUCUGCGCUGCGAGUGGCUGCACGUGGGCGAGCUCACCGAGACCAGCAGCACCACGCCCAUCACCUCCCGCGUCGCCCGGCUGCUGUUGCACGGCCUGGAGCAGGGCUUCGACAAGAUCGACCUCACCAUGGAGGAGCUGCCGGCCGUUUAUUCUGGGAUGUUUUACCAGCUGUACCACAGACAGCUUCCUGCUAAAUCAUAGUGCUCAGCUGCUGCCUUAUGGCCCGCUGCUAAACAAGUUUAAAGACUGGACUGGUUAAAGGUGUUUGGGUACUGCAGGUUCUGUAGUUUUCUCUCUCAGGAUUAGGUUCAGUUAGUUGUCACUGGUUGUGGCUGCUGAAACACAUUUAGGUGGCUGAUAUAAAAUGUAUUAUUAUUUAAUGUAUUUUUAUUUAAACUCAGUUUAUUCAAAGCCUAAAUCAGUUAAACAGACCCUGAUUUUGCAUUAAUUUUAUGUUACAGAUAUAAGAGAAAGCUUUAAAAGCUAAUUUUCAUCUAUUCAACGUGAAUAUUAAAAAGUAUGGAUGUGUUCCUGCAAUAUUAAAUAUGGAUUUUACUUUA